CUGCUAUUUGGAAGCAUGUGUCCCUGGAUGCUGCUCUGGGGCCUUUAGCACUUGCAGAGUGUUGGCCUCUGCUACAUUUGCUUUGGGACACCAGCGGGUGGAACGUUCCUGGCUGUGAACAUGACGAAGAUCUUAGUAGCCAAACUGCUGUGCCUGGUGGGGGUGUUUAUCCUCAUGCUACUUGGCUCCAUCCUACCUGUGAAGAUCAUUGAGGCUGAUUAUGAGAAAGCCCACCGCUCCAAGAAAAUCCUCUCUCUCUGCAAUUCUUUUGGAGGUGGCGUUUUCCUGGCCACCUGCUUCAAUGCCUUGCUCCCUGCUGUGAGAGAAAAGCUCCAAGAAGUUCUGAAACUUGGAAACAUCACCACAGACUAUCCCUUAGCAGAGACCAUUAUGCUCCUGGGGUUCUUCAUGACUGUUUUUGUGGAGCAGGUCAUUUUGACCUUCAGAAAGGAGAAGCCCUCCUUCAUUGACCUAGAGACCUUCAAUGCAGGCUCUGAUGUGGGAAGUGACUCAGAGUAUGAGAGCCCCUUUAUUGGAAACUCCCGUGGACACAACUUUUACCCAGAGCAUGGUCAUCACUCCCAUGGCCAUGGCUUAAAUGUUCAAGAGCUCUCCCGCUCCAGCCCACUCCGUCUCUUCAGCCUCGUGUUUGCUCUUUCCGCCCAUUCUAUCUUUGAGGGUUUGGCCUUGGGCCUGCAGGAGGAGGGGGACAAAGUCAUGAGCUUAUUUGUCGGUGUGGCCAUUCAUGAGACAUUAGUGGCCGUGGCUCUGGGGAUCAACAUGGCGAAGAGCUCAUUGCCGAUGAAAGAUGCAGCCAAGCUGGCUAUCACGGUGAGCUUGAUGAUCCCUCUGGGCAUCGGGAUUGGCGUGGGCAUUGAAAGGACCAAGGGUGUGGCCAGCAGCGUGGCCUCAGUGCUGCUACAGGGCUUUGCAGGAGGAACUUUCCUUUUUGUGACCUUCUUUGAGAUACUGGUGAAAGAGUUAGAAGACAAGAAUGACCGUCUCUUGAAAGUUCUCUUUUUGGUGUUGGGCUAUGCAGUGCUGGCGGGACUGGUUUUCUUCAAGUGGUAGCUGCAGUGAGAACCCUUCCAUGGAGGCUGCAGGAAAGGUAGAGCCCAAAUCUGAAGGAUGCACCUUGCUCUCCCCAGCAAAGAGGAAGAACUGCCGCCCGUGAGCAGCUUGUACAGAAGAGGGAGUGUUUCCUCAAGCCCAUUGCUCAAUGUCCCUGCACAGUGGGUCUUCAGGUGGUGCUGAGCGUGUGGUUUGCCUGUGUAUGCUUAUGAGUUAGAGCUUGAUGUCUGGAGGGUAUCUACAGCCUGGCAGAGAGUUUUCCUGUCAGUUGUAAUAUUGCCCUUCAACUUGUAUGUGUGUGUGUGUGUGUGUGUGUGUGUGUGUAUCAGUUGUGUGUGAUACUGUUUACUUUUGGUGAAAAGCAAUGUGACCUCAUAACUGAAGAACACAAAGGAGACAAGAGACAUAAGUUGAGAUGAAGGCUGAGGAACAGAUUGGGUUAACAUAGCAUGUAGACACCCCAUUUCUCUCUCUUCCCUCCCCUCCCCUCCUUUACUCUCCCUUUCUCCCUCCCUCCUCCUCCCUAUUUCCUCUCCUCCCCCUCUCCACCCCCUUCCUUUUUCCCUUUCCCUUUCUCCCUGUCCUCUGGAUUAGAAUCAGCAUCAUUAACACAUGGACAUUCCAGGUCUUUGGCCUGAUUUAGACCCGACCCCUCAGAAGUCUCCUCAUCUUCUGUUUUAAUGUCUUCUGGCCAUCCUGGCCUCAGUGAUCCAGGAAAAGCAUUAUUGUUUGGGUUUAGGUAGAAAAUCCCAAUAGCAGAAGUCACCAGGAAUGCAGUAGGGUUACUGCUUGGGCACUUUGCUCGCAAGCAGGCCGGCUUAAGGUCAUUUACUGGCUGUUAGAUGGAGUGUGCUCCGCUUGCUGAGGUUUUAUGCUUACUACUGAUAGGAAAAAGGGAAGGAGGGGCUGUACACAUUUUCCUUCCUUGUCCUAGAUUUAUCAGCUCGUGUGUUCUGUUUCAUGCUCUCUUGCUGAUUUCACAGAAAUUCUCCUUCCUGCUGGUGACUCGGGGCCACCAGCUUAUUCCAGUCAGUCAGGAGAUGUCGAUGAGCUCUGUGAGGGGCCCAGCCACAGCCACGUACCUGGUGGUCACCUAGUUUUACCAAGAGGGCACAAGUGGUAUAGAGUGCCCAGGAAAUAGAACUUGGAGGCACCUGAGAAGAUGAAAGGGAACGGAGGUUGUGUUCCUCAGAAACUGUCAGGACAUGGCUCAGGCAUCCUUAUCGACUGAGAAUCAGUAAAUGUUUGUGUACAGAGAGCUCUUGGUUUUAAUUGCACCAAAGACCUGAGCUAAUUCAUCUUUGUUGGAAUAAAUUGGUUUGCAGGCUGCGAUGGACACAGCUUCCCGAACGCUGAUUAGAAAGUGGCCCAGCCUGGUAGUUCUAACCCUUGCAGCCUCUUUAAUUUCCUUCAUGUUUUGUUUCCCUAGUUUUUGGGAUCAGGCAUUGGCCUAUUCGUUCACUCCACAUACUCCCCACAAAAAAGAACUCCACCAAAACCCCAAACCCAUAAGUUGAACUACGCCCAUCUCUUCAGGGGCUAAAAGGGCCUGGGAAAUAGAUUGAGAUAGACUUGAGGCUCCCCUAGUUCCAGCCUUUAGAGCUGCUCUGUUGGUUUGCUACGCUGAAAUCAAGGAACUAGUGUGAAGAAUCCACUCCUGAGGGGUCUCUGUCCUGUUUGGCUCCCAGUGAUCUAAUUUUCAGGGCCUAAACUUUGCCUUUCAUAUCUGUUUUGAUGGAAAGGCUCUGGGCUAGGACACCAGAAGGCCAGACACUGCUAACGGCUUGCUAUGGGACCCUUUGGCAGGUGACUACCGCAGUCUGAGCCUCCUAAUCUGUAAAAAGAAGUAGACGGACCAAAGGAGCUGCUCGUUCUAAUAGUCAAAUGUGUUCUGACUUCCCUUCCAGGGCUAAUCGUCUGUAUUCUUCAUUCCAAGUUCUCUUCAGUCUCUGACAUUCAAAAUCUUUAAUCCCGUUAAGCUUUCACAGUCUGUUCUAUGUUUUAAGCUAACUUAAAACGUAGUCCCUUAAAUCAGUUCUAACCCCUGAUUAUUGGUGCCACCCUCACCAGCUGUCAGCACUAGUAAAAACUAUUCAGCCAGUAUUUGUUCACCUAUUUUCAUGGGAGGCAGUGGGUGAGGAAAGGAGGCAGACUGCAGCGAUGCCAUUCUUCCAGCCCAUGAAGAGGAAAGAUGUCUUUCCUUUUAGAGACCUCCACUCCAGAGGAUGCAGAUGCUUUCCUUUGGGUAUUUUUGCUUUACAUACAUUGUAUUUUCCCUCCACCCCUCCCUCUUCUGCUACCUAUUCCCUCAGUAGAAGAUGAGAAGAUAAAGCCGGCCAGAUGUGACUUCAGUUUGACCAAUGUCAGCAGUUGGGGCCUGUGUGUUAAUUUCCUAGUGAUGUGUUGUAGUCCAUCGUUCCCCACCCUGAUCUUUCACAUGCUCCUGAGCUCAGUGGUUGGUUCACAGUUGUUUAUCAUGGGCCAGGAUUUGUGCCAACGUAGACUAAUUAGUUACCUUAACUUUUUCCAGGAUGUAAAUAGUAACUCUCCAGUUGCAGGACUGCUUUAGAUCAGUUAGACCUGAAUGAGCAUAAGCCCCAGGGAGGAAAUGACCCUUGGAGCAGGUGGCUUUUUGGCGUUCUACUCUGCUUCCUUCCUUUUUGUUCCCUCUCCUGAACCAUCACAGAGGAGCCUGGGGAUUUAGGGAGUUGUCCUUCGAAGCUUUUUCGAUAAUUGUAAAUAAUACAGAACUCAAUAGUGACUCUUCUUCAGAUUUAGUGGGCAACUGUAAAUAGGUAUUUAUAUGAACUGCCCUCCAGACUGUUAUUCCUCAUACCUUUGCUCCUAAACCCCAGGGUUGAUGUUAGAUAUUACUGCGAUUUAGUGGUGUUUUGUGUGUUCACAUGAUGUUUUGAUGUUUUCGUUGGACUCUCCUGAGACAGCUCUGCCAACCCCAUGCUUGGAGCAUCCUUAUUUUAGGUGUCAGGAGGAGGAUACACCCUUCCUUCUUUGUUCUUCAACAAGUAAAGCACAAUGUGGCCUUGGAGUACUUAUUAUGUUCUUUGAACUCUCCUCAGACAAUGACCAGUGACCACUACUCUUUGAUACCUUUGAGCAGCCUCUAUGUCACUAGGUGAAUCCUUCUGUCUGGAGCUUUAGGUGAGAGAUUCAGAGGCUGACCUGGGGGCAGCUGAAUGGGGGGAGCUGCUAAGGGGUGGCUUGGGUUUUUUGUUGAAGAGGGUGAAAGGGAAGAAGGGUCUGGCUCUUCUCCUGGCUGGCAGAGAAUCAGGUGCUGCCUUAAGGAGUCCAGACACAGAAACAGAGGUUCUGGUGGAAAGCCACUUGUGCCAGUUCCUGCAUGACAGCAUCACAAGGUGGCACUGUAUCAUGAAAUGGGCAAAGCCCGCCAAGCAAGAAUUCUGAGUGGGUUUUUCUGGCUUUUUAAGAACUCAGAGAAGCAAGUUUCUUCAGUCCAGAGGAUCUAUUUGCUUGUUAGCUCAUGAGAAGUUACAGGAUUAAUCUGCCAUGGUGGCUCUUAGCUGCUUUAUUCCCCUGCUCUGGAUCAGAGACUCAGAAGAUGCUUUCACCCUCUGGAGGAGGGAGCCACAUGGGCAGAACUGCCUCCACUCACCUCCGUACAGUUGUGGAGACGUUGUCAAGUCACUGGAGUGUAGGGGAGGCACCUUGGGACUGCCAGGAAGCUUGUUUACCCUGUUGGAAGCUCACCUUCCCUGCAGUUGGCCUAUUUACCCCAUGGAUCAUCUGAAUCAGCACAGAUAACUUCUCCUGCAGAGCUGGCCCAGCUUCCCUCCUGGUGCUUUUGCUGUUUGAUCGGUUCUUACUGAAAUCACACAGGCCCAGCACCAUGUUCAGCCUCCUCCACCCUUAGUAGAAAGACACUUCACCUUUCUGGGCCUCAUCUGUAAAACAAGGGGGGGUUGGGUUACAUGAUCUCUAAAGUCCUUUCCAACCCUAAAAAUUUAUUAUUCUGAUUCUGUAAUUCUCUGUUUUAUUUCCUGUACAUAUUAAGGAGUGAAUAUGAAGUUCUUUCCAGAACCAAAUUACACAUUUGUGUUUAUA